AUGGAGAAGAAUUUCCCGUACGACCGACAGCAAACUCAUUCUCUCCAGGCACCGCCCUGCUAUGACAACACCCAGGUCUAUCCUAAUUUUAAUCAGCCCCAGCCGAUUUUGCAACAACCUCAGAUAAUGCAGGCACCUCCCAAUGUGUUGGGUGGUGUACCAUCAAUGGCCACGUGUCCAAGCUGCGGAGUCUGGAGGCAAACGAAGGUCGAGUUCGAGCCAAGUACCAAAACCCAUUUGCUGGCCCUCCUUAUCUGCAUGCUGGGGGGCAUUGGCUGCUGCUGCAUUCCCUACUGCACCGAGUCCUGUCAGUCGGCCAAACACACCUGCAGUAGCUGUGGAGCCUAUGUGGGCACAUACAAGAACUAGAAUUCCCACC